AUGGUUUCAAGUACCCGGCUUCUGCUCCUCGCCAUCGUCAUCUCAUUCUGCUCCAACUGGCAGUUCGCGUUUCAGAUCACCUAUGUAAACACCUCUGUGAAAACCUUCUACGACCUCGCCAACCAGGGCUACCGACUGCAACACAACUGCGCUAAGGAUGACGUGCGUUGCCGCCUCCCCAACGCGGAGUGGUCAGAGCGAUGGAGCACGAUUGUCUCCAGUUUCUACCCGGGAACCCUCGUCGGGUUCCUCGCGGUCCCCUUCAUCGUCGAACACAUUGGCGUCAAGCUGACGAUGAUCAGCAUGAGUUUCUGCGCGAUCGCUGGCUGCUUGGUGCACUUCUUCGCGGCUUAUGCGGUGCAUAGUGAAGCGAUAACCUCGUUUGCGAUGCAGUUGCCUCACGGCAUGGGCGGCUUCAUGUUCGACUCGAUUCUCGUGUUUGGCCGCUUUUUGAUCGGAUGCCAAUCCGGUACCUCGCUCUCCCUGCUUCCGCUUUAUAUCGUGGAAGUGAGCCCGAUGAAGGAUCGAGGGUUUCUGAAUACCUUCCAGCAAGUCGCCCAAGCGCUCGGCACCCUGUUGGGACUUCUGAUCGGCUCCGAAGCUAUCAUCCCGCUUGGAGAGUGGCGGUAUACUGUAAUGCAGAUCUCCGCCCUCCUCCCCACUCUUCUCUACGUCAUCGUGCUGUCUUUCACGCCAAAGACGCCGAUGCAAUUGUUGAAGGAUGGGGCGGAUAUCUCGAGUGUCCUCUCUUCGCUCCGCUUCUACCACGGAAAAGAGGGGAAUUUGAAAGAGGUCGAGAACGAGACGGCCGAGGCCACGAAGCACUCCUAUGACCAAAAGCCCGAAGGUAUCCCAUGGGCCACGUGGAAGGGCUUCUUCGUUGGAGCCUGUGCCGCUAUGAGCUACUCCUUUACGGCUGACGACUUGAUAGACACAUUUUCGGCGCAGAUUUUGCACAAAGCCCCAAUGACGAACGGUACCGAAGACGGCGAUCUCAUCGACGACUCUGCCGACCGGAUAUCAGUGAUUCUCGGUGGAAUCCUGGUUAUUGGCAGUAUAGCAGGAACAUUUUUGAUCGACCGCUACGGUAGAAGACCGUUAAUCCUUUUCGGCCUCGUCGGCUCGGCCAUUUCCAACGCCGUGGCAGUGAUUUUCUGCACGAAUUCCUUGGUGGUGACGCUCGGCUUUGCCGCGACGAAGUUGUUUAUAGGACUCGGAGCCGGUGCCCCAGCUUGGUUCCUCACCUCGGAGCUUGUCCAUCCCCACUACAUGACGGUCAUGCAGAGCUUAUCUACAGGAUUGCUGUUAAUGUCGACUGCCCUGGCGACGUUCUUCUUCUUGCGGUUAGAACUUCUGAUCGGCACGUGGUCAAUGUUCGUCCUCUCCUCGGCUCCAGCCUUGAUAUUGGCCGUGAUACUGUUUUUGUAUCUGCCGGAGACGAAGGACCGAACCCACGUGGAGAUCCAGCACAUCCUCGGCAAGCACACCUUCUCCGGAUUUGUGAAAAAGCGCAGUCAAAAAGUGGCCCCCGUCUACGGUAGCCUC